GGUGUUUCCAUGUUAGGUUCGGUCUCUCGUUUAGUGCACGUCUUAAAAAAGAAAACGAAAUUCAGUGUGUAGCGUACUAAUUGUGUUUCAUUCUCGCACACUGACCAUUAGCACCCAGUAAGUAAUAUCGUGAACAACUAAUUCGUUACAAAGUGUUUCACUGUUCCCAGUUCAGCUAUUUCACUCAAUUGAUUGUAAUGUAUACGACGACAAUUAUUCUUUUCAACACAAUCAAACUCAUUGAAUUGUGUAUGGGCUGUUUUUUUGUGUUCUUAUGUACUGUGUUGUGAUGAGAAAACAAUUCCCUUGGAAUUUUUGUACACAAACCAACCAAAAACAACUUUAUUGAAAGAAGAAUUUUUUAAUGUAUAUUGCCCGUGUGCUGUGAACAUAGCAAGUGUUUGGAAACUACGACGACGAAAAAAAAAAAAUCACGUGAAUACCAAAUACAAUUUUACGGUGAACCAAACAAAAAAAAACGAGAUUCAAAAAUAAAAACAUACACAUAAAAAGGCGCGACAUCAGCAGAGAGGAAAGUCGUUUUCAAAACACCGACCACAAACGUUUUAUCGACUGUCAAAACAGAGGUAUCAAUUAGUGACAUUUGGAGCACGCACCAUAAGUGCGUUGUAUAGUAAUUGUUGUAUGCAUAAAAUCGGUGUUGUGUUGUAUCUCAAUGAACAAAUAUGUGACAAAGACCAUUGUGAAGUGACAUUUUUAUGUGAUUGGUGACCAAUUAUGAUGCUUUGAGUACAUGAACAAAAAUAUUAAUAGCCAAACACUCACAUCAUACAACUCUACAACUCAGAAGUUCUACAAUUAUCCGGGAAUCAACUAUGGCGAGAAUACGGAGUUAUUACAACAAAAGUCGCAGUCUUUUGUUAACUUUUUACAUCACAGCGCUCCUUUUAAUUUGCUCCAUGCAAUGUAUUAGUACGUUUUUAGUUGAAAAUGCACCACUGAUUACACCAGCCGAAGCAGAUAUUACAAAAUUACCCAGUGAGAAUGUGAAAUUCACAUGCCAAUCAACAGAACCAAUUCGUUGGCAGACUCAUGAGGAAUUCUAUUUGAAUAGACAUACCAUUACUGAUAUGCAUCAUGAAGGCGCUGAAUAUGCAUAUGAAAGUGUUCUCGAAUUGAUCCAAAUUGAUUAUACCUAUGUUGGAUAUUAUUAUUGUGUAAAAAAUUCAUCCGUAUCCGAUACCAAUGACCGAGAAAGUCUGGAGACAUUAAUUGAAAGUGGUCAUGCAUCAAGAAUUUACUUAUUUGUCGAGGAUCCAUUACAUCCACUGGCUGAAGUAUCGAUACCAGUAGUGCAAGGAAAUCAACAUCAAGACAUUAUAAUUCCAUGCAAACCGACAUCGAAGAAAUGGGACAUUAAGCUGAUCAAAGAAGCAGACGAGGCGCAUCAAUUCAAAUCCACAUUUACAGCAACUGAUGGCUAUCGAAUUCGUUUAAAUGAAUUAACUGAUGGUGGAGACUACAGAUGCCACGCAAUAUUCGAUAUGACUAACGAAACUGAUAUUCAUUUCAGUGUCCAUGUUGAUUGUGAGUUGAUCAAUUGCCAGCAUAAUGCAACAACAAUUGUGAAUGAAAUGCCUGCUACUUCUAUCGUUGAUUCACCGAUUGACUUAAAUAACAUAACAACAACAAUAAGCACGUCACAUUUAACAACAAAACCAACUAUCACUAGUAGUAUUUCAAUGGUGAAAGAAAUAAGUCGCUCUGGUGUUGGGCAAUCAUCAUUUACAAAAAGAUAUAUUCCAUCCAAUAGUUCUUCUAUUGACCCUAUUCUACCUUUGUCACCCACUUCUAUUUUGCAAUCUAAUCACCACAUGAAUUUAAAUGAUGUAAAAAUAACAACUGCAACUUCUGAUUCAAUAACCACAAUACGUUCACCACAUGUGAACGAUGGAAUCAACCGAAGUCAUAGUAAACGUAGUGUAAAACCAACACCAUCAAUGGACAAAACAAAACGCAGGGUAGCUGGAACUGAAUACGUAAAUAAGCCGGUAAUUGUGUCAAAAACGCAAAAAUAUGGCAUCGAAGGCGACAUACUGGAGUUCAACUGUUCAGUCGAGGCUAGCCUUGGAACUGAGAUUUACAUGACUUGGAUCACACCAAUGGAUAACAUUGCGAAGCUGGAGGGUCGAGUCGAAAUCACUGAUCCCAUUCGGCAAGAACACCAAAGUCAUCCCGAACUCUUUCAAGCGGUCGGAAAAUUAAUCGUUAAGAACUUGGAUAAAACUAAAGAUGCUGGCCUAUAUAAGUGCUUGGUAGAGGAUCGUUCGUCCAAUCGCAAUUCGGCAGUAAUGAAUAUCAUUAAAAUACUGGGUGCGAAUGAGUCGUUUAUUAAUAUCUCAGAACCAUCUGGUCGAUACAAAUUUGAGGUCAGUGCAAAUCAAUCUGAGCUGAAAUGGUAUGUAAAAUAUUAUGGACAUCCAGUGCCAGAAAUCGUUUGGCGUGAUAUUCGUGGAAAUGAAAUUUCAUGGUCACAAUCGGAAGACCGAAAUCGUAAAUUCGAGGCGACAAAAGACGAAAAAGCGACUACAUUGAAAAUUCGAAAGCCCAGACUUGGCGAUUCAGGUUUUUACGUAUUGCAUGCAGACAAUGGAAGAAUGAUUAAAGAGCAAAAGUUUCAAUUGCUUGUCAAAGAAAAACCACAACUCAGCAUGAAUGAUGUGUCAAUCAAGCCCGGCGUCAAUGCGGUUAUAAAUUGUAAAAUUUUCGGUUAUCCCGCAUCAUCAGUAACUUGGUCAUUUAUUCCUUGCGAGAGUGUUGAAUAUGAUCUCACUCCAUGUGAUGAAAGUAAAAGGGAAACAUAUAAUCAUUUUGAGCAAAAUGAAAACCAAACAUCGAUGAGCGUUACAACGCUGGCUAUACCACCAUUCAAUCAAACAUCGACUUUCAAUUUUGUGCCAAACAACACGGGCAUUGUUAUUUGCGAUGCGAAAAAUAGCCAAGGCAAAACAGAGACCAGAGCCAAAGUCAUUUUGAACGAUUUGGAUGAGGAGCUAAGCAUAUGGACUAAGAAUGAACUUCCAAUUGCUGAUGGUGACAAUGUUUCGGUGACCUGUGGAGUUUCCGCACACAAAUAUUCAACCGAUUUGGAAUGGUACAAAGAUGACACCCUGGUCGUUAGCUCAGAUGAUGUAAAAGUAAUUACACAGAACACACUCUAUUCACAUCAGCGAGAGAUCCAAUGGAAGAAUGUCACCAGAGCAGCGUCAGGAAAAUACGUGUGCAAAGCUAGUGUCAUCAAAGAUGACUCAAAAGAGACAAGAGCAUGGAAUUUAGAUGUGGUGGAACCACAAGAACCAGAAAUCAAAUCAAACUUAAACGGAGCAGUAAAGAAAAGUCCAGUCGGUGAACCAAUCAAGUUAUGGUGUGAAGUCACUGGUAUUCCACAGCCAACAUUGACAUGGUAUAAAAAUGGAAAUGUAAUUGUACCCGAAGUCAAUGACACACAUAUUACAUUGGAUGAAAAUGGAACCGUACUCAACUUUCAUUAUACCAAAGCCGACGAUGAAGGCAAAUACAAAUGUGAGGCCAUGAAUAGACUAUCGACGACCCACCAUAAAGUCACCAUUAAAAUGACAAAUUUGCCAACGGUCAGUUUUGCCUUUAUUGUUAGUGUCAUCGGUGUGAUUUUAGUGCUGGUAAUUUGUACAAUUUACCUAUGCAUUAGAAUUCGACGUGAACGGCGUCUCUUCCGUGAACUGAAAGCAGCUGGUUUGGCCAAUUUCGAAGAAGGCAAUCCGGAUAGUAUCAAUCCAGAUUUGGCCUUGGACGAACAGGCCGAUCUUUUGCCUUAUGACAAAAAGUACGAAUUCCCGCGUGACAAACUCAAACUCGGCAAACAAUUGGGAGCCGGUGCUUUUGGAGUAGUUAUCAAAGGUGUUGCACAGGGUAUUCUACCUUAUGAAGACGAAACAACCGUUGCCGUUAAAAUGGUCAAGCAAAUGGCGGACAAUGAGGUUAUGCGAGCAUUAAUUUCAGAGCUGAAGAUCAUGGUACAUUUGGGUCAACAUCUAAAUGUUGUGAAUUUGCUUGGAGCGGUUACAAAAAAUAUUGCACAACGUGAGGUCAUGGUUAUCGUUGAAUAUUGUCGCUUUGGUAAUUUGCAAAACUUUUUGGUAAAACAUCGACGAUAUUUUAUCGAUCAAAUCGUUCGAGAUAAGGAUAUAAUCGAUCCAACGAUUCAAACAAACGAUCCUCGAUGGUCGAAUGACAGCGGUUACUCAUAUUUCAAUAGUAAUCUUGGACUAAAAUAUAUUCAAUUAUACUUCCCGAAAAAACAACAAAAUCACUACGAAAACAACAAUAGACCCGAUGCCGAUCGACAGAGUGUUGUUAAUUCAGCAUACAUUCGACAUUCGAAUGUUGGUGAUUUCUUCCCAGGCGGAAUGGAUAGUUCAAAUACAGAAGCAACACUAUUGUCACGCAGUACGAUUCCGGGCGGUGAAGAGAAUAUGGCAUUAUCUGACUCGACACAGCCUGCAUGGCGUUCAAAUUAUCAAAGUGAUUACAAAGGACCCAGCCGUUCUGUCACCACAACCGAUUUGCUUUGCUGGGCAUUCCAAGUUGCACGUGGUAUGCAAUAUUUGGCAUCGCGUAAAGUACUUCACGGCGAUUUAGCUGCUCGAAAUAUCUUACUUUGUGAAGAUAAUGUGAUUAAGAUUUGUGAUUUUGGUUUGGCACGAUCAAUGUAUAAAACCGACAAUUAUCGUAAGAAAGGAGAGGCUCCUCUACCAUUCAAAUGGUUGGCACUUGAAUCGAUUAGCGAUCAAGUGUUCAGUACAUAUUCUGAUGUGUGGUCGUUUGGCAUUGUGCUGUGGGAGUUAUUUUCAUUGGGAAAAGUACCAUAUCCAGGAAUGGACGCCGAUCAAGCAUUGUACUUUAAAUUGAAAGAUGGAUACCGUAUGGAGAAACCGGAUUUUGCAACUCAAGACAUAUAUGACAUCAUGUUAUCGUGUUGGUGUGCAAAUCCCGAAUCGCGUCCACUAUUCGAUGAUUUAGAGAAGAGUGUUUCGAAACUUUUGGAGAGUGGCGUUGCCGAGCAUUAUAUCGAUUUAAAUGAGCCAUAUCUAAAAUCGAAUGUUAGCAAUUUCACAACAGGACAGACUGAUUAUAUGGCAUUGAUGGGUUCACCCGAUUGUCAAGCGCCACGUACACCUAAUAAUUAUGUAAAUAGUCACAUAAUUGCAAUGCAACCACCGCCGGAUGGUACAACAACAAAACCAAAUUAUUUGGCAAUGAGUCCACCGAUAAAUAUAAAUAGUCCACUACCAGACGGUAUUGAUAUACACGAUUCACAUUUUCCAUUUGCCACAAGUAAUUCACCAACAAUAGUCAAUAAUUUGAACGCCACUGAAAGUUCACCCAAACUUCGCACCAAAAUGUCAAAUAUACCUGAAGAAAUACCGAUGCUCAAACGUUCAAAUCAAUCAUUUCACAGUGAUUCGGACUCCGAACAGAAUACAUCUGAUGUACAAAAUAGCAGUAAUAUACAGAGCAAAAAUGCAAAUUUAUUGAACACAUUAGAUGAUAAUUAUGUAAAUAUGCCAUCAGCGAUAGUCACGCAGAAAAAAGAUGCAGUGAGCAAUCCAGGCUAUGUUGCUGUUUCAAAUAUCAACGAAACAAGGACUUGAACAAGAUUUUUUUGUAUUUUCACUAUAAGUUUUCAUUUAAUUUUUUUAAUCUCAUUGCUAUUGUUGUUUGUUAAAUGUACGCUUUAACUAUGAGCCAUUCAUUCAUCAUUACUUGUAAAAGAAAAUAAUAAGAAGAAAAAAUAAAAUGUCUUACAUCUGUAAGAUGAACUUUUCCGCACUGUGAUCCACAA